AUGGAGCUUAAAUUUGAUGAGAUAAAAAAAAAAAAUAAAAGUGAUGAAUAUAAUGAUGAAUUGCAGAGCAAAAGAAAGAAAAAAAGACCUUUAUACCCAAUUCAUACACAAGCUGUUUUCACUUUACAGGAAUCUUCUGAAUCUGCUACUAAUAGUACUGUAGAUGAAAACCAAAUCUUAUUGGAAGAAGAUAAUGAAGACAAUGAUUGUGAAGUAUUAGAUGAUGAAACAAUUAGUAUUCAAGCUCCACAAGUUGUUCAAAAUUCACCUCAUAUUAUUGGAAGAGGAAGACAAUUCAAGUGUCGUUUUAUGAAUAGUAUAGAAAAGAAGCAAAAUUAG